ACAUCACACGUUAACAACAAUCCUGCUUACUUAUGCAGAUUAGUUUCUCUUCUUAAACUGCCUUAACCAGAGGUAAGGCUUUAUAAACAAGACAAAUGGGCAUCACUUUUUCUGUGAUCUUUGUUAUACUGAUUCAUCAGAAAGAACUAAUCUGUUCUAAAAACAUACAAAGAAACAAAUUAGGCAUGACAAAUAAAUGUUUUAGUUCUAAACAGGUGGGAUUAGAAGGAUUAUAGAAAAGGUCACUCCCUUAAUAUGAGUCAUUUUAAAAGAAUGAUCUCAUCAGCCAUUGAAGUAGUUUCCAUUCAACGUGUAAAAUAUAUAAAGUGUGCCAUCCUAGAAAUGGAAAACAAUUAUUUACCGAUGGAAAAGCUUUCUUAGAAUUCGAGAAGUGCAGAACCUCUAUGCAAGCAUUAAAUAACUAAAAAAUGUGCAUAUCAUCAUAUAUCCUAAUUCUCUCCCUUCUAUCUCUUUUUUCUCAAGGUUUCCUACUCUCAAAAUCUCUGCAAGAGAUAGAAGAUGAAGAUAUCUUGCUAGCUACAUUAAAUCUAGGAAAAAGUCUACCAAAUGGAGAUAAAACUAUGAACAGGGGAGCUAUACCUUUGCUAAAGCACUAUAAGACUGAAGACAGCAGUGUUUUCAAUGAUAAGAAUGCUGGAAACAUGAAGUUUUUGGACAGAAGUUCCAGAAAUUAUUUCUUCAAUCAUGUUAUGCCAACCAACUUAGGUAGAAAGCAACUACCUUAUCCUGCACUGAAGGGUGCCAUGGCUUUUCCAGCUGAAACUGAAAUUCAAAAUACUGAGUCAAUACAGGAAAGAGAGACCACAGAUGAAGAAAAUUCAGCUAAAUUCCCUAUAGGAAGAAGGGAUUUUGACAGUAAAUAUAUUUUAUUUUUACACAAAAAAUUAUUUGAUUCUGGUGUAUGCUUGGAAGAGUCUAUCGACCGUGUUGGCAAGUGUGAAAACUACUCAAUCUCCACCACCUUCUUUGAAGAUUAA